UCUUUCUCGUUCUCUCUCUCUCUCUCUAGAUUGAGGAAAAUGGGACUUCUUCAUUGUCCAUUGUCGUGCCAACCAAACAAAGAAUCAUAUUCUGAUCAAUCUCACUCUACCCACCUUCGUUCAGAAUCAUCCUCCUCAUCUCUCUCCUCUCAAUCAAGUUUACCAUCUGUCCCUUCUCUAACCCCACCUUCCCAAGAAUCUGAUCAACAAUCCUCCACCACCUUCCACCACUGUAUCUCCACCCUCAAAGCCCACUCCUCCUAUAUCUUCUCCCUCACUCUCGCCGGAAAACACCUCUACAGUGGCUCUUCCGAUAGCCAAAUUCGUGUAUGGAGUCGAGACCCUUCUAGACAUGACAAUAAAACCCAUAACUUGGUAGCAGAAGGCAAUAGUGCUGCAGUAAAGUCCAUAGUUUUUCUGGGUGAUAAGCUUUUCAGUGCCCACCAAGACCACAAAAUUCGAGUAUGGAAAAUCGAUAAUGACACAGUAAACCAUAAAUACAAGUGCCUAACCACCUUACCAACAGUCAAAGACAGUAUCUUCAAACUCUUCUCGGCGAAGAACUAUGUAAAAGUUCGAAGGCACAAGAAAUCCACAUGGGUUCAUCAUAUUGACGCCAUAUCAGCUCUGGCCUUAUCGAGAGAUGGUUCUCUUCUCUACUCCGUUUCAUGGGACCGGACGUUCAAGGUUUGGAGAACAUCGGACUUCAAAUGUUUAGAAUCAGUAUGGAAUGCUCAUGACGAUGCGAUUAAUGGGAUUGUGUUGUCUGAUGAUGGGUUUGUGUACACUGGUUCUGCGGACAAGAAGAUAAAGGUUUGGAGGAAGAAUGAAGGAGAGAAGAAGCAUAGUCUAGUGAGUACAUUAGAGAAACACAAGUCAGCUGUGAAUGCUUUGGCUCUUAGCUCAGAUGGGUCAGUGCUAUACUCUGGUGCAUGUGACAGGUCUAUAAUUGUGUGGGAGAAAGAUGCCGGUGGUGGUGGAGAUCUGGUGGUGGCUGGUGCACUUAGAGGGCACACCAAGGCCAUCUUGUGUUUGGCUGUGGUGUCAGAUUUAGUGAUCAGUGGAUCAGCUGACAAAACAGUUAGGAUUUGGAGGAGAGGAAUUGGGAAGAGUUAUUCUUGCUUGGCAGUGUUUGAAGGACACAGAGGACCAGUCAAGUGUUUGACUGCGGCUGUUGAUAGUUGUCAUGGGUACAACAAUGGUUCUGGUUCUGGGACUUCUUAUCUGGUUUACAGUGGAAGUUUGGAUUCUGAUAUUAAGGUCUGGCAAACGUGGGUCCCUUUCCUUCAUUGAUUUCUCCUCUCUCUUUUUUUUAAUCAUCUCUUGAACAAUAUUGUAUAUAAGAAAGAGUGACUUUUUUUUUAUUAUUAUUGUUUGGUUUUUUAUUUGAUUUAUACUCUCAAACGUAGAUUUGUGUAAGUUGGGUUAUUCGUAGUAAGUUCAAUAGAAAAUGAAUUUUACUUUUUUGAGUACGACUUAUUUGCAAUUGAUUGACUUUGAUCCUCCCCAUGUUUUCAAA